AUGUUUCUCAAAUAUUUGCUUGUGUUCUUCCUCCUCCUCUUUCCCUUUUGCUCAUCCAUUGACACCAUAGCACUGAACCAACUUGUGAAAGAUGGUGACUUUAUAGUGUCCAAAGAAAACAAGUUUGAAUUAGGCUUCUUCAGCCCUGGCAACUCUCGCUCUCGCUAUGUUGGGAUUUGGUAUGCAAAUAAGUCUGAAAAGGCAGUGGUUUGGGUUGCAAACAGAAACAACCCCAUCAAUGAUACCUCUGGUGUUCUCACAAUCAACAGGUACGGAAAAUUGGUUCUUUAUGCUCACAAUAUUGACAACGUUUCUAUUUGGUCAACAAAUGUGCCGGUCGAAACCACAAGCACUCGUGUAGCUCAGCUUUUAGAUACAGGAAAUUUACUGCUUUUCCCGGAUAGUAUUAGUAAAAGUGAAAGCUUUAUAUGGCAGAGUUUUGAUUACCCUACAGAUACUCUACUUUCCGGAAUGAAAGUUGGGUUGAAUUGGAAAACUGGGAUGGAAUGGAUCGUAACAUCUUGGAAGUCCCAAAAUGACCCUGGAACGGGGAACUAUAGCUUGAGGCUCAAUUCCAAUCAGACUGCUACGCCUGAAUAUUUUUUGUACAAGGGUUUGACCAAAUAUUGGAGAAUGGAUCCAGGGCCAAGGCCCAUUUUUGUGACGGAUAAUGAAGAAAUGUACUAUUCCUUUUUGUCUGAUAACACCUCAGUAGUUAGAUCGGUGGUGACGGAUUAUGGGGCUAAUCAACAACUGCUAUGGAGUGAGGCUACUAAUAAAUGGGAGGAGCUCUGGGCUGCACCAAAAUACCGGUGUGACCCAUAUGGCCACUGUGGUGCCAACAGCAAAUGUAGCCCUGACAAUAUUAAUAGGUUUGAGUGUGACUGCCUACCAGGGUAUGAACCAAAAUCUCAAAAUGCUUGGAAUGUGAGAGAUGGGUCAGAUGGGUGUGUGAGUAAGCGAAUGGGGGUGUCAAAGUGUGGGAAUGGGGAAGGGUUUGUGAAGGUGGCACGGGUGAAAGAGCCAGACACAUCGAAAGCAACACAAUUAUUAGCAAGUAUCAGUGCCAAGGAGUGUGAGCAGGUGUGCUUACGCAAUUGUUCCUGCACGGCAUAUAUACACAUAGAAUGGGACGAUCGCAAUGAUUGCUUGGUAUGGUACGGUGAGUUGCUGGACAUUUUAGUCCGCUCAGAGCUAGGACAAGAUCUAUAUGUUCGGGUGGACAAAAUGGAAUUAGCUGAUAAUACCAGAAAAUCGAAAGGUUUUCUCAAAAGGAGGGGUUUGCUGGCUAUUGCAAUAGUGGCUGUGCUUCUCGCAUUCGUACUAAUCAUUGUGUUUGUGUACUGGUGGCUGAACAGAAAGAGGACGAUAAAAGACUUUGUGGAGGCGGAUGAACUUGAGGAAACUAGGAGACACCCAGAGCUGCAAUUUUUCCAUCUGAACGCAAUAAUAGUAGCCACAGACAACUUCUCUCCUGUCAAUAAACUUGGCCAAGGUGGUUUUGGCACUGUUUAUAAAGGUCUGUUAGCAAAUGAUCAGAAGAUUGCUGUAAAAAGAUUGUCCAAAACUUCAGGACAAGGAAUUGAAGAAUUCAAAAAUGAAGUUGCUCUGAUAGCUAGACUUCAACACAGAAAUCUUGUGAAACUUUUGGGCUGUUGUAUAAAGGGAGAAGAAAGGAUGUUAGUUCUGGAACACUUGCCAAACAAAAGCUUGGACUCCAUUCUUUUUGAUCACGCUAAAAGAUCCUUGUUGGAUUGGAAAAAGCGGUUUGAAAUUAUCAAUGGGGUUGCUCGUGGGAUUCUGUAUCUUCACCAGGACUCAAGACUUAGGAUAAUCCAUAGGGAUCUAAAAACCAGCAAUGUUCUUCUAGAUGCUGAGAUGAACCCAAAAGUUUCAGAUUUUGGCAUGGCAAGAAUAUUCCAUGGGGACAAACUGCAGGACAAGACCAAUAGAGUUGUUGGAACAUAUGGCUAUAUGUCACCAGAGUAUGCAGUGUUCGGGAGAUAUUCAACAAAAUCAGAUGUCUUUAGUUUUGGGAUCAUAUUGUUAGAGAUUGUAAGCGGCAAGAAAAACAGCUGUUCUUAUCAGCAGGAUGAAUCGCUAAACUUGAUAGGACAUGUUUGGCAGCUGUGGAGAGAAGAUAGAGCCUUAGAAAUUGUGGAUUCAUCAGUAGCGUCAUAUGUGUCUGAUGAAGUCAUGAGAUGCAUUCAAGUCGGUCUCUUGUGCGUGCAAGAAGAUCCAAAGGACCGACCAAGCAUGUCAACUGUUGUCUUCAUGUUGAGUGGUGAAGCAUCUCCUCCAUCUCCUAAGCAGCCUGCAUUUGUCUUCAGAAAAAGUUCCGGCAAUGAUGCUGCUAAUCCAUCAAUUCCAAAAGGAUCAGAUUCUGGAUGCUUGGGGCCCAAGCAACCUUUAGGCACACACGAAUCUGGGCCGAGUAACAUCAAAACAAACAUGAACAAGAAACACCAACCGAUUCAUUGUACAUGGAAACUCCAAAAAUUCCCAGAAAACAAAAUGCUUUUCAAAGCUUUGCUUGUGUUCUUCCUCCUCCUCUUCCCAUUUUGCACAUCCAUUGACACCAUAGCACUGAACCAGCAUGUGAAAGAUGGUGACUUUAUAGUGUCCAAAGAAAACAACUUUGAAUUGGGCUUCUUCAGCCCCGGCAAUUCGAGCUUUCGCUAUGUUGGGAUUUGGUAUGCUAAUAAGUCUGAAAAGGCAGUGGUUUGGGUUGCAAACAGAAACAACCCCAUCAAUGAUACCUCUGGUGUUCUCACAAUCAACAGGUACGGAAAAUUGGUUCUUUAUGCUCACAAUAUUGACAACGUUUCUAUUUGGUCAACAAAUGUGUCGGUCGAAACCACAAGCACUCGUGUAGCUCAGCUUUUAGAUACAGGAAAUUUAGUGCUUUUCCCGAAUAGUAUUAGGAAAAGUGAAAGCAUUAUAUGGCAGAGUUUUGAUUAUCCUACAGAUACUCUACUUCCAGGAAUGAAAGUUGGGUUGAAUUGGAAAACUGGGUUGGAAUGGUUCUUAACAUCUGGGAAGUCCCAAAAUGACCCUGGAACUGGUAACUAUAGCUUAAGGCUCUAUUCAAACCAGACUACUACGCCCCAAAUUUUUCUGUACAAGGGUUUGACCAAAUAUUGGAGAAGUGAUCCAGGGCCAUGGCCCAGUUUUGUGAGUAAUAAUGAAGAAAUGUGUUAUUUACUUUUAACUGAUAACACCACUGUAAUUAGAUCCUUGUUGACGGAUUAUGGGAUACUACAACAACUGAGAUGGAAUGAUGCGCUUAAUCAAUGGGAGGAACUCUUUGCUGCCCCAAAAUAUCGGUGUGACCGAUAUGGACAUUGUGGUGCCAACAGCAAAUGUAGCCCUGACAAUAUUAAUAUGUUUGAAUGUGAGUGCCUACCGAGGUAUGAACCAAAAUCUUUGAAUGAUUGGAACCGGAGAGAUGGGUCAGAGGGGUGUGUGAGUAAGCGAAUUGGGGUGCCAAAAUGUGGGAGUGGGGAUGGGUUUGUGAAGGUGGCACGGGUGAAAGAUCCAGACACAUCGAAAGCAGCACAAUUGUUGACAAGUACUAGUGCCAAUGAGUGUGAGCGGGUGUGCUUAAGCAAUUGUUCCUGCACGGCAUAUAUGAGCAUAGAAUGGGAAGGUCGCAUUGAUUGCUUGGCAUGGUACGGUGAGUUGUGGGACAUUUUAUUACACACGGAGCUAGGGCGAGAUCUAUAUGUUCGUGUGGACAAAAUGGAAUUAGCUGAUAAUACCAGAAAAUCGAAAGGUUUUCUCAAAAGGAGGGGUUUGCUGGCUAUUGCAAUAGUGGCUGUGCUUCUCGCAUUCGUACUAAUCAUUGUGUUUGUGUACUGGUGGCUGAAGAGAAAGAGGACGAUAAAAGACUUUGUGGAGGCGGAUGAACUUGAGGAAACUAGGAGACACCCAGAGCUGCAAUUUUUCCAUCUGAGCGCAAUAAUAGUAGCCACAGGCAACUUCUCUCCUGUCAAUGAACUUGGCCAAGGUGGUUUUGGCACUGUUUAUAUGGGUCUGUUAGCAAAUGAUCAGAAGAUUGCUGUAAAAAGAUUGUCCAAAACUUCAGGACAAGGAAUUGAAGAAUUCAAAAAUGAAGUUGCUCUGAUAGCUAGACUUCAACACAGAAAUCUUGUGAAACUUUUAGGCUGUUGUAUAAAGGGAGAAGAAAGGAUGUUAGUCCUGGAAUACUUGCCGAACAAAAGCUUGGACUCCUUUCUUUUUGAUCACACAAGACGUUCCUUGUUGGAUUGGAAAAAGCGGUUUGAAAUUAUCAAUGGGGUUGCUCGUGGGAUUCUGUAUCUUCACCAGGAUUCAAGACUUAGGAUUAUUCAUAGGGAUCUAAAAACCAGCAAUGUUCUUCUAGAUGCUGAGAUGAACCCAAAAAUAUCAGAUUUUGGCACGGCAAGAAUAUUCCAUGGGGACCAACUGCAGGAUAAAACCGACAGAGUUGUUGGAACAUAUGGAUAUAUGUCACCUGAGUAUGCAGUGUUUGGAAGAUAUUCAACCAAAUCAGAUGUCUUUAGUUUUGGGAUCAUAUUAUUGGAGAUUGUGAGUGGCAGAAAAAACAAUGGCUCUUAUCAAGAGGAACAUUCCAUGAACUUGAUAGGACAUGUUUGGCAGCUGUGGAGAGAAGAUAGAGCCUUAGAAAUUGUGGAUUCAUCACUAGAGUCAUAUCAUUCUGAUGAAGUCUUGAGAUGCAUUCAAGUUGGGCUCUUGUGCGUGCAAGAAGAUUCAGAGGACCGACCAACCAUGUCAGCCGUUGUAUUUAUGUUGAGUGGUGAAGCAUCUCUACCAUCUCCUCAGCAGCCUGCAUUUGUCUUCAGAAAAAGUUCCUGCGGUGGUGGUUAUCUAUCACGUCCACAAGGAUUAUAUUCUGUUAACGACUUGACAAUGACUAAACUUGUAGCACGAUAAGGAUUCAGGCUGUUGCUUCCACAAUUAUCAAAAUGUUAUUUCUUUUAUUGACCUUCAUGUGACAUUUCGGCACUGCAUAAUGUGCCCAUCACCUUAAUACAAAUUUAUAAUCUA